AUGCCAGAAGUACAUCCCGCGUUUGCUAACUCUGGAAAACAGGCAGGGAUCGAGAUUUGGAGGGUUGAGGUGGAAGCAUCAGUGUCAUCUAUGAAUAAGGGAGACUGCUUCAUCUUAGAUGUAGACCACGAGAUACUCGUGUAUGUUGGAGACAGUUCAAAGAGUGUUGAGAGGAUGAAAGCUAUCACUGUAGCCAACCAAAUACGGGACCAGGAUCACAAUGGAAGAGGAAAUAUAGAAAUUAUUGAUCCGUACUCCAAUGAAGGGGAUGUCAACAAAUUCUUCACAGCCCUCGGCUCUGGAGAUCAAGACUCUGUAUCUGAUGCUGAAGAAGGAGGAGACGAUGAGGACUUUGAACGCGGCGAAUCCAAGGAAGUGUGCCUCAGUGAAAUUUCAGAUAGUUCGGGAUCAUUGAAAAUAAAAAAAUUAGAUGCUCCUUAUACAAAGGAUCUUUUGGAUACUAAAGAGUGCUACAUACUUGACACCAGCGCAAGUAUAUAUGUGUGGGUUGGAAGACACUCAAAUGGAAGGGAGAAGGCGGAAGCCAUGAAGAAAGCUCAUCAAUACUUGGAAGCAAAUAAUCAUCCGUCAUGGGUCCACAUCUCAAAAGUAGUGGAAGGCGCUGAACCGACAGCAUUUAAACAACAUUUCCAAGAUUGGAAUUGA